ACUUUUGGACCUUGAAUAACCAUGCCUGUUCCAGAUGUUAUGUUCUGUGCACAGCAGAUUCAUGUUCCACCUGAAUUGCCAGAUAUUAUGAAACAAUUUACCAAAGCAGCUAUCAGGACCCAACCACGUGAUGUUCUCCAGUGGUCUUAUGGGUAUUUUUAUGCUUUGUCAAGUGGAGAGCCUCUUCCUGUGAAGGAGCGUGUUGAAAUGCCAGUAGCUACACAGAAAAAUGAUACUGGUUUGACUCCUGGCCUCCUUAAAAUUUUGCAUAAACAGCUGUCUGGAAAGAAAACGGUGGAUUUACUAGAUCUCCAGAAAAAGUGGAAGAACCUGUGCUUGCCAAUGGAACAACUGCGCAACCUUCUUCGAUUGGACUCCUUUGCAGACGGAGUAGAAUGGAUGAAGUUUUUUGCCCUUGGCUGUAGUGCUCUUGGUGGAUCCCUGCUCAGUUCAAUGAAGCAUGCCUGUGAAAUUCUGACAUAUGAUCCAGAAGGUGGAGCAGCCCGUAUUCCAUAUAACACUUUCGAAUUUCUCUAUUCCUACUUGGCUAGCUUAGAUGAUGAAAUAACAGAGCAAGUAACUAAGCCUUUUCUCAAGACUCUUAAAGAACAAGCGUUACGUAAAGAAUGUAUGGUUGGCGUUGCAGAUUUCACCACUAUAAAAAUAAACCCUUAAAACAGGAACAUUUGAGGGUAACAAGUUUUCAGUACAUAGCAAAAUGUCAUGUCAAAUA